AAAAUGACAGACUCUCCCAAAGACUUGAGCCUACCCCUCCAAGCUGCCCAGGCACGAGGUCUAGUACAACUCUCCAGCAAGAAGAGGAAGUGGAGUGGCAAGAUUGGCAUAGAACAGACUGGGUUAGGAGAGAUUAAGGAUCUAUGAGGGCAUACACCAAAUUAAAAGCUUAGUUUUACCAAUUGCGUUUGAUAAGGAGUUAAGGGAUUCAAAGAGAAGAUUUCAAGGAGUCAGGAAAAGAUAUCGAUGUGGUUAUAAUAAUGUAACCUGUGUACCAGAACACUCGCUCAGUUCAGAGAGAGAUUGCUCCGAUGCCUCAAAGAUGAUAUACAAGCUGGCUCUAAAAGGCAAGUUCAAAUAAGGUGAAAGUGCUCAAAAAUCUCAAACUAGCACCAAAGGAAGAAGUUAGUAAAGAAAAAGUGCGUCAUACUGCUUCCAACAAAAUCGAACCUCACUCAGGAGGUGACAAAAAGAGGACCAUCAGGCUUGAUAAAAGAAUCAGAGAAUGAAGAAAUAAGAUCAAGCUAAAACAAAGAGACAGCGUAGGAUUAGAUUCCUCUUCAACAGAGUCUCACAGUAUUAGAAAUGAAUUUUCUCAAGAGGAAGAGAAACUAGCACCUAAAUUGAUCAGACCUGUAAAAUCUGUAGAUUUAUCAGCCAGAAAGAGUUGAAAAUCAAAAAAAUUUAAACCAAGGGUUCAGAUAUCUUCAACUAAUUCAUUAACUCCAAUUCCUCAACAACUAGAAACUCCUUGUAAGCCGAGCAUUAAAAAGCCACCAUUGCCCAAGAAGUGACAGAAAAGGUAUAUGAUUUCAAAGAUUUUGCUUUCUAAAUCAUCUUCCUUCAACAGCAGUCCAGGAAAAGGAAGGGUCUCUCCAACUACUCUUUGCUUGACUCCUAAAACCAAGCACAGGCUAUCUCUAUCUCCUCAUCGGCGUGUUAUAAGACGUCGUAGGGCGAUAUCAAGCAAGGAUGUGUUUAAAAGUUUGUAAUUUUCAAUUACUCA